CUUGACUGGCCAAAAGAGGCAAAUGAGUGGGUGAGUAGGCCACGCCCCCAUGGAUGGCCGGAUAAAGCUUUGAGGGAUAAGAUAGUACAUGAUGGCUGUCAUCUUGUCCCUGUAGGCGAUAAAACAUCUGAUGACACAUUCCUACAAUGGAGGAUUUCGUUCAUAACUGCGGAAAGGAAACUCAUGUAUUCUCUCACUCAUGUACAAUUUUUAGUGUACGGACUUCUGAAGUACUUCCUCAAACAGAUAUCCAGCAAGUUGAAACAGUUAGUAGGAGAUACAGACAUCCUGUCAUCCUACAUUAUGAAAACUGUUUUAUUUCAUGCGAUAGAAAGUACACCUGAUUCGUUUUGGCAAGAGAAACACACAUUUCUCUGUUUCAUGCUUUGCUUAAACAUUCUGAUAACCUGGGUGAAGGCAGGAUAUUGUCCUAAUUACUUCAUUAAAAGAAACAAUAUGUUUCUUGGAAAAGUUUAUGGCGAAAAUCGGGAAAAACUCCUCCGUUUUCUCAUUGACCUCCAUGAUAAAAAAUGGGGAUGUCUUUCAGUUGGAACAUUCAUACAACCAUCCAUAGGAGAACGUAUUGAUAGAGUGAGGAAUGGAGACUGGGAAUAUGUUCUACCUCCGCCAUCAGAAACAGAGAGAGAACGAGACUUAAAACUAUUCAUGGAACUCUCUACCAUUAACUAUGAUACAGAUGCAAUUACUGUGCCUUUGGAACUCCUGUCCAAGUCAAAGUCCGACGUAGAUGAAUUUGUAUCUUACGUCAUUGCAGCACAUGGACUUUCAAAGACAGCAAUGGAAACAUACGGUGAACACACGUUUGUCAGCGGAAAUAAAGAGAAAUACAAAUGUCUGAGAAAAUCGAAAAAACUUAUGACACCACUUGCCACAGUGUGUUCAAGUCCAGGAGAGUUAACAUUAGCAACAUAUUACUACAAUACCGGGAAUUACACUAAAGCCCUGAACAUAUGUGUACUCACACUGAUGUCUCCAUUCAAAAUUUAUUUCGGUGGCCAUAUCACAGUGGAGGACGCAGAUAGGUAUCGACAUCAGAUUUGCGGUCAUGGACAUACUCUGCUACAUAAAGCACAGCAGAUAUUUGCAUCAGAUAUCAAAAUUACGGAAUUUUCCGCACAAUUCUGUCUACCUCAUUUACAUCAUGAGUUCAAAAAGCUACGUGGAGAUGUUCUCCUCAUCCCUCCUGUACCCUAUGCCCUUUUCCUGUAUUUCCUAUGUUACCAUGAACUCGGUGACACUAGUACACGUGACAAAGCAUUGAAUCUCCUUCGAACUGUGAAAUAUGACGAAUACCAGGGAGGCAACAGUAACUGGAUAGUACACAAUAUGCUGGGUGUUUGCUACGAGGUGGUUGGAGACGCACGGAAAGCACUCGAGGAAUACAGAGACUCUCUAAAAGUUGAGAGGUUUGAUCAGUAUAUAAACCCUGCCAAGGAGAGGAUAGAACGUUUAAAUUCGUAUUUAAAUAGACAGUAACCAAUCUAAUUAAAAUAUAGAUGGUAA